UCCGUGAGUGAGUGAGGGAGGCACUAUGCAGUCGGAGCUCCACACACACAGAGCAUGCCUGUGAGUGCGGGCUCGGGCAAACAUGAGCCUUCCCAGCCCAGAGAUCGUCCACAGCAGCAGCCCAAACUCCCGUCUGUGCCCCCCUCUUCCCACCCCCUCUCUCCACCUCUCUCGCUGCCUCUCUCUCUCCCUCUCCUCAUCUACUCUCGACCUGCGCAGCCUCUUCCCCGUCACCGCUUCAGCACCAGCCGGGAGGACAGCUCCUGGUCUCCGCACGCCGACAUUUGCCGAGCGCCGGCCGGCCCCAUGGAGGAACCCCAGGGCAACACUCUGGUCGUCCGCAUAGGCAUCCCCGACCUGCAGCAAACGAAAUGCAUGAAGUUCAAUGUCGAGUCGCCCAUCUGGUUGUCUAAACAACGGAUCCUCUGCACACUCAACCAGAGCCUGAAGGACGUGCUGAACUACGGACUCUUCCAGCCUGCUUACAACGGCAAAGCCGGAAAGUUUUUAGACGAGCAGCGCACGCUUAAAGAAUAUCCAUUCCCAGCCAUACCUCCUGUACCAUACCUGGAGUUUCGCUACAAGAGGCGAGUAUACGCACAGACUCAUCUGGAUGAAAAGCAGUUGUCCAAACUUCACACCAAGGCUAACUUGAAGAAGUUUAUGGAAUAUGUUCAGCAAAGGAACGUUGAGAGGGUAUCAAAGUUCCUGGAGAAAGGGCUUGACCCAAACUUUCAUGACCCGGAGUCUGGAGAGUGUCCGUUCACCAUGGCGGCGCAGCUGGAAGGUUGUGCGGAGCUCAUCAAGGUUCUGAAGAAUGGAGGAGCUCACAUGGACUUCAGGACCAGAGAUGGCAUUACAGCACUUCACCAGGCCGUGCGCACCAAGAACCACACGGCACUUAUUACGCUGCUGGAUCUAGGUGCGUCUCCGGACUACAAAGACAGUCGUGGUCUUACUCCUCUGUAUCACAGCUCUAUGGUGGGGGGCGACCCGUACUGCUGUGAGCUCCUGCUGCAUGACCACGCUCAGGUGGGCUGUAUGGACGAGAACGGCUGGCAGGAGAUACACCAGGCUUGUCGUCAUGGACAUGUGCAGCAUCUGGAACACCUGCUGUUCUAUGGAGCAGAUAUGAGCGCUCAAAACGCUUCCGGAAACACUGCCCUGCACGUGUGUGCUCUCUACAACCAGGAUAGCUGUGCAAGAGUGUUGCUGUUCAGAGGGGCGAAUAAAGAGAUAAAGAACUACAACAGCCAAUCUGCCUUCCAGGUGGCUAUAAUAGCUGGAAAUUUUGACUUGGCAGAAAUUAUAAAGACUCACAAAGCAUCAGAUGUUGUGCCUUUCAGGGAAACGCCCUCCUACACAAAUCGCCGGCGUGUGACCGGAGGCGAGACUCUGACAUCAUCACGCCUGCUGCCUCGCUCCGCCUCCGACAACAAUCUGAACAACGUUGCCGAUGUCGGCCCCGCCCACUCUCCCGUGCCGUCUCUGAGGAGCCUGCCGCCUCUCGCGCACACCGGGAUCGAGGCGGCGGCCGACGGCAGCCUGCAUAGCACGGCCAGCUCUCUCUCCUCGCACUCUCGCUCGCCCUCCCUCCAGCGCAUCGGGGUGGAGUCCGGCACGCAUGGGGUACGCUGGCACGCCCCCCUCACCCACUCCCACAGUCGUGGAUGCCUCAGCCCGGGGACGGUCCAGCGAGACCCCAGCCCUCCUCUGACGGGGCCCUCGCGCACACUCUCAGGAGCCCGGGGUCCCAAGCGGAAACUCUACAGCGCCGUGCCGGGUCGCACCUUCAUCGUGGUCAAACCGUAUACGCCGCAAGGGGAGGGAGAGAUACAGCUGAACCGUGGAGAGAGGGUCAAAGACCACCGCUCAAACGCAGUGGAAGUUUUAAGUAUAGGAGAAGGGGGCUUCUGGGAAGGAACGGUAAAAGGGAGAACCGGCUGGUUUCCUGCAGAUUGUGUUGAGGAGGUCCAGAUGAGACAGUUUGAUCCUCGACUUGAGACGAGAGAGGAUCGAACCAAGAGGCUGUUCAGACAUUACACUGUGGGCUCCUACGACAACUUUACCUCAUAUAGCGAUUACAUCAUCGAAGAGAAGAACGCUGUGCUACAGAAGAAAGAGAAUGAGGGAUUUGGCUUUGUCCUGCGAGGAGCGAAAGCGGAGACUCCUAUUGAAGAGUUUACACCCACACCUGCCUUCCCUGCGCUGCAGUACCUGGAGUCUGUGGAUGUUGAAGGUGUGGCCUGGAGGGCGGGGCUAAGAACCGGUGACUUCCUCAUCGAGGUGAACGGUGUAAACGUGGUAAAGGUGGGGCACAAGCAGGUGGUGUCGCUCAUCCGACAGGGUGGGAACCGUCUCUUGAUGAAGGUGGUGGCUGUCACACGCAAGCCAGAGUCUGAGGAAUCAGUCAGAAAGAAGGCACCCCCGCCUCCAAAAAGAUCGCCCAGCACCACGCUCACCCUGAGGUCUAAGAGUAUGACCGCUGAGCUUGAAGAACUAGCCUCUGCCAGGAGGAGAAGAGGGGAACGGCUAGAUGAGAUUUUGGCCUCUCAGGAGUCAGCACUGAGGCCAAAGGUGGAAUCAGAUUAUAGAGCAGCCACGGUAAAGCAACGCCCAACCAGCCGCCGAAUAACACCAGCAGAAAUCAGUUCUCUUUUUGAGCGGCAAGGUCUUGCCUUUCACGGUGCUCUUCAUCCAGCGCUGGAAAAAGCCCACAUGCAGCUGCCGAAAAGCAUGGCCAGAACCAAGUCUUUUGGAGCAACUGAAGAGGAUCGACUUUCUGCCCUAGCAGCGGAGCACAGGUUUCCACGGAGCUCCUCCAUGACAGACAGCUUGAGAGACAGCCGCAGUAUACCUCCCCCUCCCCAGACUGCUCCACCGCCUCCCCCAUCACUUUACUACUACGAUACCGGCCCUCCUCCUUCCUUCUGCCCACCCCCUCCCCCUGGCCGCAUUCAUGACCCCAGCCGCUCCAGUUUUAAACCAGGCUCCGAACCAAGACUGCAUGCUUUGCCGCAGACAAUGUCCGCAGAGAUGUUUGAACCCCCUCGUCACGCCUCCCACCUGGACCGGCAGAAAAAAGCCCGCUCCAUGAUCAUCCUCCAGGACUCCACCCACCUCCCUGUGGAGCCUACCGACAUCCCGAGGCCAGGUGCCAUUUCAACUCCACCCGAGAGGAUCAAACGGAAAGGUAGAAUCAUUGAUAACCCCUACGCCAAUGUGGGCCAGUUUAGCGUAGGCCUGUUCACGUCGCCUCCAAGCAAGCCGCAGCGGAGGAAGAGCCCACUUGUAAAGCAGCUGCAGGUGGAAGAUGCUCAAGAGAGAGCCUCACUGGCACUGGCAUCCAUCCAUGCCAGAGAGCACUCUCCCUCUGGACGCCUAGCUGCCCACCACACCAGCAGGGCCGAGUUCUACCAACAGCAGCUGUUGCAGGAACGUAGCCAAGCUCAGGCCGGGGCAUUGUUGAAAGGAAAAGGACCCUUCGCCGCCGCCAUCGCAGACGCUGUAAAAGACCGUGAGCAACGUCUGGAAGAGAAGCGGAAAUCCACAGUCUUCCUAUCAGUGGGCACUAUGGAGGGCAGUUCAGUCUCACCUCAAGAAGCCCCCUCACUCACACCGUCCCGGUCUGUAGACGAACGGAUGCUCACGCGCGAGCUUGGUCAGUUGCCACCUCCUGCCUUGGCGUUGCGUCCCUCCCCUGGGGGAACCACCUUCAUUCACCCACUGACGGGCAAGCCCCUGGACCCCAAUUCUCCACUGGCACUUGCGCUGGCCGCAAGGGAAAGGGCAUUAACCUCUCAGAGUCAAUCCCCUUCGAGCAGCCCUGAGCCCAGAACUAAACAUGACGCUGCUGGAGGGGUGCUGUAUAUGGAGACUCAGACCAAAGAGGCUGAGCGCUCUGAGGGUGAAGGGAAUUUUGCCUCAACCCCCUUUUCCCCUGGAACAAAAAGAACUUAUGACCCCUCCGUCCCCACCAGCAAGAUUCAGUGGGGAAGUCCCUUAUCCACAAGAAAAGAGUUAGAAACAAGGACAGAAAGAAAGGAUGAGAGAAAGCUUGAGGACAAGAAGAGUAUGAUCAUUAGCAUCAUGGACACAUCUCAGCAGAAAACUGCUGGCCUUAUCAUGGUUCAUGCAACGAGCAAUGGUCAAGCUGUUGGACCCAGCCCAGAGCACAGCGCCCCUUCUACUAAGGGGGCUUUGUCAGAAAGUCCAAAACCCAUGUUGGCUGAAAUAAAGCGUGCUAAGUCCCCGGGUCCCGAUGGUUCUUCAGUAUCCACCCCGACUCCAACCACCACUCCAACCUCACAACCACAACCUAGCCCGUCCUCAGAUAAAACCUUGGCUCAGGGUAGUUCUGAGGAGGAUGUGGAACCCUAUACGGUUACUUUACCACCUGCCAUACUCUCCUCCAGCGAUGAGGAGACGCGUGAGGAGCUCCGCAAAAUUGGCGUUGUUCCUCCACCAGAUGAAUUUGCCAAUGGCCUUCUUGCAGCAGCAGCCAGAAAAGCGGUACCUCCAUUAGCGAAGACAACCCCUGCAGCCCUACCUGUAGCCCUGCACCCUCCUCCCGCCACACCAGCGGCAGCUGCCGCAGCAGCACAGGUCCCCGCAAGCAGCGGCCCGCAAGCAGCCUCAGGGAAGCCGUGUGAGUCCCACCUGGGCCCAGAGUCUGCUGCUGACUCCGGGGUGGAAGAGGUAGACACUCGAAGCUCCAGCGACCACCACCUGGAGACCACAAGUACCAUUUCCACGGUCUCCAGCAUGUCCACACUGUCCUCGGAGAGCGGCGAGCCCACGGACACCUACACCACCUACGCAGAUGGCCAGACGUUCAUUCUUGAUAAGCCGCCAGUGCCUCCAAAGCCAAAGCUCAAGUCCCAGCUCAGCAAGGGCCCGGUGACGUUCAGGGACCCCCUGCUCAAGCAGUCGUCUGAUAGUGAACUGCUCUCGCAGCAGCACGCAGCUGCGCUGGCUGCUGCUGCGGGAGCCUCAGGCCCGGCCAGACCCCGCUACCUCUUCCAGAGACGCUCCAAGUUGUGGGGGGACCCCGUGGAACCCCGUCCGCUUGCAGGGGCAGAGGAAGGCAAGCCCACUGUGAUCAGCGAGCUCAGCUCACGGCUGCAGCAGCUCAACAAGGACACACGGUCGCUUGGGGAAGAGCCGCUCGGAGCUUCGCUUGACCCCGGGAGGAAAUCGCCAGUGGUCGGUGCGAGACUCUUCAGCAGUUUAGGGGAGCUCCAUACCAUCUCUCAGAGAGGCUACGGCACCACCUACACCAUCAGACCGGGUAGCCGCUACCCGAUGACCCGCCGGUCCCCGAGCCCCGGUUCCCCAGACCGCUCGGAUCCCCUGGGACCCAUCCGUGGUUUCGGACUGGCCACCUCGCCCACCGCGCCUCCCACCAUCCUCAAGUCGUCCAGCCUUAGCCUCCCUCACGAACCGAAGGAGGUGCGUUUCGUCAUGAGAAGCUCCAGCGCGCGGAGUCGCUCUCCCUCGCCCGCCCCUUCCCCGGGCAUGCCCUCGCCCCUGCUCGCCCUGCGGCCGUUCCACCAGAAGCCCCUCCACCUGUGGAACAAAUACGAUGUGGGCGACUGGCUGGCCAGCAUUAAUCUGGCCGAACAUCAAGAACGGUUCCAAGAGCACGAGAUUGAGGGUUCUCACCUGCCCGCUUUGACCAAGGAGGACUUCGCCGAGCUGGGCGUGACUCGCGUCGGACAUCGCAUGAACAUCGAGCGGGCUCUUAAACAGCUCCUGGAAAGUUGACCAUGAGCCCCCCCCCUCUGUCAGUAGUUAGUCGUUUUUAUUAUUUAUUUUUAAAAUCCACAUCUUUUGAUUUUCCUUUUGAUUUUUAAGCUUUAAACCUUUUUAAAUCGCAUCAUUGGCGGAGCGGGAGUCGGAUCCAUGCCAUUUUUGUAGCACUCUUCUAAGCCCCUCCCCACUGCCAGCAGCCAAUCACAAGGGUGUUUGAACACUUAGGCUUUGUUCACAUUGCACACAAAUCCGAUUUGGUCAGAUCCAUUAUUUUGGUACAUUAUGAAAUCAGAUAUGUCACUUGAAUUAAAGUGAUUUAAGUGACAUCUACAGCAGUUUCUAAAGUCAAAAUUGGUUUCUUCUACGAUAACUGGAAUUUAGUCUUUGCUGUGUAUUUUACGUGUUUUUUACACAUGCUGUAUCCGGAACCGCAAACAAUACACGUCAUUCUCGGAAUGAAUGAGCGACACUUUAUGGCGUUUUUUACACUUUUUAUCCCAAAUGGUGAAAAAAUACUUUGAAUCUGGAGUUCUGCUGUUCAUGCUACAAAAAUGAAAUGGAUAUGGUUAUAUACCCCAAAUCUGAUUUUUGCUGCCUGUCCGAACAAAGCCCAUGUGGGCUAUCUCAAAAUUCGUUACGAUAAACACCCAUAAAUCCCCUAGCUUCUUUAUCCAGUCAUUUCUUUAGAACGCAGAAGGGAUGCUUUUGAGGAAAAAAAAGGAAGUUCAGUUGCCUUUCAGAGUAUUUUUUUAGAAGCGGAUGAGCAGAGUAGGCGUGGCCGUAUCUUCUCUGUCUGCUGCCUGCCCCCUUCUGGCUGAGGGACGUACUACACCCGGAGAAUGUUUAACCAACACUAGUGGCUUUUUUCAUAAUCAGACUCUUAUAUAUGACAUUAGAUAGAAUAUCUCAAUGUAUUUAAAUAGCUUUUAAAACGGGGAGAGACGGCAACAAGAAAACGGACCGUGCAAAACUGCACCUGUCUCUCCACCUAGAUGAUUUAUUCCACCAAUAAUUUACUCAUUUUUACCAAUUAUAUACAUAUAUAUUUGACAGAAAAAAGUAUAUAGAUAUAUGAAUAUAACAUUUUGUCAUAAAUAUAAAACUUAUAUAUGAUAUAUUAUAUAUAAAGACAAAAAACACUGAAAACGAUUUUUUUUGUAUAUCUUUUCUGAUGGCCUGUAGCAUGAGACGUUACAUCACCAUACGGAAUGACGGUUGAUUGGUUUGUUCAAUUUGCAUUGUAACCACACCCCACUCUUUUUUUAUUUUGGUUGUUGGUAUUGUCUGUUACAAUUUUACAGAACACGGGCUUCCCUCUUGAACCGAAGCAUCUCCCAGUGGGUCGACUUUUAUUUAUGUUUAGCUGUUCUCUAUUACCUAAACACAUUAACUGGAGUGGUCAUUUUGUCUUGACAUUUUUUUACACGAAAAGCAUUCCUAAUACAGUAACACACUCUCAUGCACACAACCACACCGCUUUCCUGUACAAAUUGUAAUCUGCUGAAUUAAAGGUCUAUUCACAGUCUUCUUUGUUAGGAAUAGUUCAACCAAAACUCACAUUUAAUCACACUUUUGGCACUGCAAUCCUGUUUUCAUUUUUGUUUAUGGAACUCAAAAGGGACACAUUUUGUGGUUGUUCUUUUACAUGCAAUUACAAUGUAUAGGGUCUGAAGCUUUUAGGAGUAUUGAAGGAUGCGAAAGCACCCUAAAAUUAUAGUCCAAUAACUACACUAACAUUCAUUUUACUGGCUUAAGUUUUGGUAAUUGGAUUACUAGUCAUUUCAACUUAUUUAUUUUCAAUUUUAUGAGUAAAAGUCACUGAAAUUGUUUAUUUUCAUUAUUCAAAACAAUGUAAAAACUGGUAAAAAUAAAAAUUAUUUAAGAUUACUUGUUAAGCCACUUUUGUAAUUAAAAAUUAACUUUACACCGUAAUUCUGUAUAUUUCCAAUUUGUCUGAAGCCAUACACUAGCUUUGUGUGAGAAACAGACCAAAAUGCAUUUCAUUAUUAUUAAAGUUAUUAUUAUUAUUGAACAUUAUUUCUCUGCGCUUGACCCCACUUGCCAUAAAACAAAAAGUAGUAAUGUCAUGUUUGUAAUAGAUGUUUUUUUAAGAGUCAGAUCUUUUUAUUGAAUCAUUGAUUCACUUUCAAAGAACAGCCUAAAAAGCUUUAGUCCCUGUUAAGUGUGAUUGCGUGAGAAAGAGCCACCAUACGCACUCACACAUUUUCUUUAAAACAUAAGAGUGAUUUAUUAAUGACAUCAUAGAAUUUUUGGGUGAACUUUUCCUUUAAUCUGGCAAUCCGGUAACUUUGCAAUAAGUGUGUGUGUAAAACAAACAAGCGUGUGAAGCAGUGCGUGUGAUGUGUGUGCAUGACAGAACCACUGUGGGAUGAGAAGCAUCACUAAUAUUGCAGCUUAUCUGAUGGUACCGACUGGUGUUCGACAUCUCGUACAGAAAGCAGAAUCUAGAAUUGUAAAAGAUUUUCUGAGCCAUUAUAUGGCCUGUAUGUUAAUCUGCUAUACGCACUGAAACAUUUGGCUUACUUGUUUUGGCCAGUUUUGUUUUAUUUCGUUUUUUUCUUCUUCAUAGGUGGAUUUUGUAGCUCGUGAAAAAUGAUGCUUAGAAGAAUUUUUAUGAAUUAAUUUAGAAUGAAUUUUAGAAUGACAGUUAUUUAAAAGAUGAAGCUGAGGACAAAAGACUUAAUGAAGAAAAAACGUUUAAAAAUGGCCUAGACAUCCUACAGCUGUAUAUAUGGACAAAUGACUAAAAUAGUUGCUUUUUAUAUCAAUCACAAGCAAUGUAUAUAUAAUAGUUUUCAUAUAAAUUUUUAAAAAUCAAAAAAGAUAUAGAUCUAUAUAUGAAUGUUUGGCAUAUAUGCAUAGUUAACCACCUGUCGAAAAAGGUGAAGAUUUUACUCUUUUUAUGGAGUUUGGGGGUAAUUUGCACAAAACAAGGUGCUAGCAUUUCAAGUCAUUCAUUUCCAUCUAUCCAAAUUAUCCCUCCAUUAGGGCAACAAACACAUAUGACCUUCAAAAUCCAAGGACGUUUAACACGCAUACAACCAUCAUCGUUCUGUCCACCACCGCUCCUCUUAGUUUUGUGUGUGUGUGUGUGUGUGCGUGUGCGUGUGUGUGUGUGUCCAAACCAGACUGUGACGGCAAAAAUAGUCAUAAACAGACAUUUGAAAGUGUUCGCCUUAAAAAUCAUUCACCCUUAUGUCAUUCCUAACCCGUUUGACUUUGUGGAAUAUAAAAGAAAAUGUUUAGCAGAAGCUGGUCCAUUAUCUCUACAAUGAAAGGGACAGCUGUAGUCACCGUUCCACACCUUUGUUGUGUGUUAGAUUUCGUGGGAAUUAUGCUAGAAAUCUUAUGUAUUCCAUGCAAGAAAGAUGUGGUUGGAGUGACAUGAGGGUGAGUUUUGUUUUCGCGGUGAACUGUCUCUUUAAGAUAUCACUAUUGCUCAUCUCUUGUCUUGUUUUAAAGGCCACGUGAUUUGCAUCCGAAAUCAGAAUAGCUGCUUUCUGUCACAUGAGGAACUCCCAAAUGUAUUUGAUUAUCACUGUGUAAUAAAACCGUUUCUAUAGCGACCGUGUUGCUUCAGAACCACACAGCUUGUUCAGGGUAGAUGCCAUAUUUGAUUUGACACAGGUCACUAACUUUUUUAGAAUUAAGUCACACCGAACAGAUGUACUGCUGGAAUUUUGUUAUACCUUUGAAUAACCAAAACCACUGCAGAUUUAGAUUUGAAAGAUUCGCUCCGAUAUAAAAAAAUUGCAUUGUGUGUGCUACCAAAGUCCUGUUUGAUUUUAGAUUAUAAAAUUAUGAAAUGCCUUUUCCACAAAUUUCCAGUCUCCCACCGCCUCGGUUUGAUUUGCUUUCGUAUUGAAUAUGGCAUUUAUUCUGAAGGUUUAUCUGUUCAUCCUGAAUUCAGAACCCUGGCCCAAGUAAUCAAUUACCUGUUUAACAGAGAUUCUGACCUCUCCUUCUAAGCAGGAUGGUGUUAAAACAAGUCUGUCUCUUUGACUCUACAAGGGCUUCAAUAAAGAUGUUAAGGGGCCGUUUGCAGUCGGGCCCUUAAGAUAACUGUGAAUUAUAUGUGCUCCGCUGCAAGCCAGCCCUGAAUCUACUAUUCCGAUCUCAUUUGUUAGGUCUGGAAAAAUACAAAACAAACCCACGGAUUAAAAGAUUGAAAAAUACAUGCUCAGUGACCGUUUUCAUAUAAAAUCACGAAUUUGAAUCGAGAAAUGAGAGUGUGUGUGGAUGUGUGUAUUUGUGUGCGUUGUCCCACUUAACACUGCAUUUCUGAGCCAUAUGUACCACAGAUUUUCUCUAUUCCUCAAAUAACUUGCGAGCUGUGAUUAUCAUUGUGUACCAUUCACUCAUACUUUCAUCUUUCGUAAUAUUGAUGCUUCAUUUGAGUUGGUUACAGAGUGAUUGGUUGUUUUAGCAAGAUGAAAGAAAUGAAGAAGAAAUUGAACAAACGUGCCAAAAAGUAAUGACCUUUUUAGCUUUUCUUCAAGGGUCUUUAGAAAACUACAAGCUGUUAGAAUCAGCACUAUGGUGCCGCCUCCUGGAAAUCUUGAGCCGCUUUUUUCUUCUUGAUUUCUUCAUUUCCCAAAUGAAACAUUUCUACGUGUUUUUAUGUUUUUCAACUAUUACACUAGCCCAUAUGUGGAUGGGGUGUAAGUGGGAUUUCAUAGGUAUUUUCAUCUCUGGAUAUGUUUUGUUUGGUUUAAAUGACUGUAAGUCAGUUAAUGACUGACUGCACGUUUGAUGGACACGGUCCCUGACCUUUGCCCUUUACUCUCCCCAAUGUAGCGCAGACAUCAGGGGUUCUGCAUAUGUCAAGAGAAUGAGAAAAUUGCAAAUGGUUUCUUUGUAAUUUUAUUACAUUUACAACCAAUGGCAGGACGAAACAUGAAAUAAAACACAUCAUUCACAUGACUAUGUUCUGUAGGGUUGUCAAUCUUGUUUUCUGACCAAGAAAAGCACAAUAAAAUGGGAAAAAAUGCAGUGUACGCUGCUGUAAUGAGAUUUGUUUUC